CUUUCUCGUUUGUUUAAUACGCAUGCGCACCAGCGACGUAGUGGCUCCCGGACUCUGACACACAUGUCACAACAAUUCGACAACAAACACCCAAAAAACAACACGUCUCCCCGGGUUUGGGUCGAGAAGCGACACAUGAGCCAACAUGUCUCGACACAGAAACGUCCGGGGCUACAACUACGACGAAGAUUUUGAAGAUGAUGACAUGUAUGGACAAUCUGUGGAGGAUGACUAUUGUAUAUCACCCGCAACAGCAAAUCAGUUCAUCUACUCUCGUCGUGAGAAACAAGCGCCAAAGGAAGAGACCCUUGAAGAGGAAGAAUACGAAGAAAACGAUGCACCCAUGUCCCCGACCAUCAGCCACAACCUUGACCCACUUGAGCAAGCCAAGCUCUACUCAUGCCUGGACCACAUGAGGGCCGUGCUGGGUGACUCUAUGCCAGACUCCGUGUUGAAUCAGGCAGCCAUAAGAUGCGGAUUCGAUGCGCAGAGGGCGCUCGAUGCGGUUUUGUCCGAAGAACCCAAAAUGGCCCACGUCCCCUGCGCCGCAGCCGACGUUGCGCCGCCUGUCCAGAAAUUGAGCGAGGAGAAAGCGCCUCUACCUCAAAGAAGCAAGCAGGCAGCCGUGAUUGAGAAAGGAGCCGACUCGUUUGCCUCUUUGUCAGACCUGAUAGCCGCAACACCCAAACUCGACGUUUCGUCGCCGCUUAUGGUGCUCGGCGGGUGCCGGCAGCAGGAUAGUGGCGAUAUAGGCAUGAGCGGCGCUAGUCUAGCGCAGCUCAUAUCUGAGCAUGAGCGAAACAGUAAACAGAUGGGAGUUGGCGACAAGGGGCGUGGUUUAGCUGCGCCAUCUCUGAACACACCUUCCAUUUAUAAUAAUAAUCUUUCUUUGGGCACGUUAGCAUCUUUAAAUAUGUCAUCCGUGCCUCACAGCUCAGCUCCUUCACUACUUUCAGUUUCUCUAAAUAGCCUCUCCAUAACAGAACCUGGUGUAAAAACUGCAACGCCACCUCCUGGAUUUGGGUGUCUGGGUUCUGACUUGCACAGUCCACUAUCAAGGGGAAACGAGGUCUCAGUUGCUCACCCGAAGGGCAGCCCAUCGUUGGCCGAUUUAAUCCAAGGGCAUUCCAAGUUAAGUCCAAUUUUCACAGACUCUCACUGUGGUGACAAAGCGUCAGGGAGUUUUCUUGAAGCAACACCGACUCUCUCGCUGUCCGAGCUGGCCUCGCAGCACCAAAGCAGAGUGAGCCACCUUCCGAAAAACACCGACAUAAACAUCAGCGGGAUCAUGUCACUAUCUGAGCUAGCGCUGCAGCCUCACUUCGAGAGCCCUUUGUUGGUGGCGACAGGUGCUCCCAAGCGACCGCCAGGCCUCGCGGAGCCGCGCCCUGUCUCGUGUUUGACCUCCGCUCCAGGGGUAACCUCAGCUGCUUCCAAGGGGUCACAGUAUUUCUUUAGCUCGCUCGGCUCACCAGUGACACCGGUGCUGGCGACAAACACUUCAAAAGGUGCGGACAAGCCCGAGGUCCGCUGCAAGGUUGAAAACCCAAGGUCAAAGCAGAAUAUCGAUUUGAGGGCGUUAAUGGACGAUUUCCCCUCGCCGUCCUCUCCCGGGCCGGUCUCCUUUGGGGUGGACUCUUCGGUCUUCGCCCGACCAUCCGUCUUUGCCAUCGCGUUGUCCUUUCAAAUCUGCAGGCGACACAGGAAAACUAAAAGGCUCAGUAAAAUCUGUCGAGAGGCAGGCAGCGGUCGGUUGGCAUUUCUCCGCUUGGCCAAAGAGCAGCACGGUCUACUCGAGCAGAUCACGCCGUUCACGUUUGAUACUCCUUCGCCGGACGACAUCGUGAGGGCCAAUCAAAAAAAAGCUUUCACCAGGUAGACGAGGGCUCAUAUAACACAAGCUCUCAAAAACUUUGCUGUGGACUAAAGGCACAUAUUGGCCCAGUAAACCUUUCAUGUGAUGAUACAUUUGUACAUUAGCAUUCAUAGAUUUAAUUUUGUUCCACAGACAUUUCUUAUGCUCCUACUGUACUUGAUGCAACUCUUUUUGUGAUAAAGUCCUUAAUUUUUCUGGCAGCUCAAUGAAUGUUUUAACUUUUGUAAAUUUUUUUGGGGUGUACAAAUGUUUCUUGACUUUUUAAAAAGAGUUUGGUUAUUUUAAUGUAGAUCUUCUAGUUUUGGCUUUUUAUCCACACUUUCCAGAAACAUUAUUAAACUUUAGCUAUAGUGCAUUUUUUUUAUAUAAGUCUUUUAGAGUGUGGCCUCUUUUCUUUUUUUGGGGGCUUGGCAAACCCUACCUAGAAACAAAAGAGGUUGUAGUGUGCAGGUGCAACUAUUGGAUCUGGAUCAGCUAACCAUGCUGAUGGUUUACUGUUGCGUUUUUUGUUUUUUUUUAAAUGACACCUGGACUAUUUCUCAUGAGCUCGUCACACGCAGACUGUUUAUUAUGAAUAAUACACAAAAUCAAUGUUAUGAAUGAUGUAGAAUUUUUUUUAAGGAAUAAUAAUGAUAAUGGGUAAUGUUUAAGUUGGUGUGUCGCCACAAACUGCCUGAGGUUGAUUUGGUAAAUUGAAAUAAAGGCACAUUUAAAUAUGAAUAAUGUUUGAGGUUCUCUAGAUGUGUUUAGAUUACAAGGGUGGAGGAAAUUUCUUUUGCUGAAGUCCUCCGAAGGCAAUACAACAUCCGUGAAAAGCAAAUGUUGAUUAUAUUCUUAGCUAAAUGUAAAGACAGUGUAAUUAUGAUUAUUGUGACUAAUCAUGUACUAUGUAUCUAGCCUUAUAGAUGCUGUGCUCUUUUUGUUUCCUUCAUUUUUACCGUGAGUCAUGAUGAGGUUUUGUUUUGAAUCAUCUCUGAGUGACUGACGACUAUGAAGCGUUUAUCUGCACUUAUGACGCUGACUGAGAAAAUAUGGGCUGAUGUCGAAGAUACUUGUAGUGAGAAGUAUUAAAGUGAAAGGCCGAUGUUUGAAUUGAUGCGUGUCAACCCCAUGCAGGUGCACAAAGCUGCACGGACCCCCAAGGCCAUCAAACAUGGACGAGUGAGCCUGGGGAAAAGGAUUGAUAAUUAGGGCGGAUAGUGACAAGACGAGUCGAACUGGUUUCCCCGUGUAGCGUUUGGAGGAGUUUGGAAAUUAUUUUAGUGCUUGUUUGAGAUAUGAGUUUCAUGAAUUCUUGCAACUCGUAUCUGUUAUGAACUUUCCCAAAUGAUAGAAUGGAAAUGCCAUUCAUCUGUUUGAACCUCCCCCCAAAAAAAGCAACUUUUUAAUCAGGCAAAUAGCACUCU